AUGACAAGUAGCAACUCAAAUGCGACGACUCAGCGUAUGGCCACACAAGUAGCAGUGACGGCAGCCGGUGCUGCUUUGGCUUACUAUAUUGGUUCUCGUAACAAGGAUGAAAAACGUGUGGCAUCGAAGCGUCGUGCUAAAGCGAUGGCAAAGGCGAUGACAGCAGCAGUGCCUUCGGAUCUGGAACGCCACAAACUCACGUCGGUAGUGGUGCGUGUGCCUGCUACGACAGCUAAUAUGGGCCCAGGAUUUGAUACGAUUGGAAUGGCAUUAGAUAUAUGGACAGAGAUAUCUGUGGAUGUAGCGGAACAUCUGGACUAUGAUGACCUGUCGUCGAACGCGAGUCGCGUGGUGCUUACGAAUGAAGGGGAAGGCGCGAAAGAGCUGCCCACGGAUGAGAGUAACCUAGUAAUUGUGGGUAUUAAGGCCGCAUUUGAAGCUGCAGGUGAGGAGCUACCACGUUAUAUCAAGGUGCACUGCAAGAAUCGUAUCCCAUUCGCCCGUGGACUAGGUAGCAGCUCCGCUGGUAUUGUUGGUGGACUCAUUGCUGGACUUGCUUUAGCUGGUAUGCGCUUGCCAGUUCACGGACACGAAGAGCUUUUGCAACUGGCUUCUGAGAUCGAAGGCCACCCUGACAACGUGGCACCUGCAAUCUACGGUGGCCUGCAGCUUGGUAUCUUUGCCGACAAUCGCUGGUAUUCCUCGCGUGUUCAAAUGCCAGAUGGUCUGCAGUGCGUCGUGUUCAUCCCUGACUCGACGGGUCCCACGAGCGUGGCACGCGCCAUUUUGCCGCCCAACGUGCCUCGAAAGGACGCCGUGUUCAAUAUUGGCCGUGCUGCUAUCUUCGUGAACGCAUUCCGAUCGGGGAACCUCAAUGAGCUUCGAUUCGCCACGCAGGACAUGUUGCACCAGCCUCAGCGUGGUGCUGCGCAGUACCCGCACCUUGAACCGCUCAUCAAGGCCGCCCUGGGAGCUGGCGCCCACGGCUGCUUCCUCAGUGGUGCUGGACCCACCGUCCUGGCCAUUACUAGUGGCCGCGCUGGCGACAUCUUCACGCAGCAGCUGGCUGAGCGCCAAGAGAACAAGGUCGCCAUCGCCAUGCGUGAAGCUGCCGCUGUCUUGGGCGUUCCUGGAUGUGUAUUCAUCACUAACCCAGAACACCGUGGUGCCUUUAUUGUGCGUGCAGAGCCACGCUUCUCGGACCGCUCCGUUGCGCGCUAUGAAGGUGACAUUGCCGACUUAUAG